AUGGAGCUGCCUCCGCUGACCAUGGAGCAGCUCUCACAGCUGGUGGCCUCCAACGCUCCACCGUCACAGCUCUUCGAAGCCUUAUCGCGAUAUGAGCUUCAAGCAUGCCUCAUUUAUACCGGGGAUAACAGUGCUAGCACAGACGGUGCUGAUUCUACGCUAUUGAGCCUGUUCUACUCGAGCUUCUUCCUCGUCCAUCUUCUUACCGACCAAGUAUCUGAAGCUCGCGCCUUAACAAAACGAAUCCCCGAAGCCCUACUACAACAGGAUCCUUCCCUACAGAACUGCUUGGCUUUACUGCGAGCGGUAUGGCAGACCCAACACGGCCAGGUCUACCAGGUACUCCGAGGGCUACCAUGGCCAGACGUUUUGCAGCCACUGGUUCGGAGAUAUGAGAGUUUCUUCCAAGACAAAACCCUGAUCGCAGUGAGCAGGUCUUACGAAGCUAUUCGACUAGCUACAGCGGCAACACACCUUGGUCUUGAUGAACAGCUCGCCAAACAGGAAGACCCGAACAUAAUAUCGAAUUUCACGAAAUGUGGAUGGACAUGGGAUCCGGAAUCAAAGCUGCUGCAUCCCAAACCUAUCGUCGUAUCGACGGCGGAGCCUCAGUCUUCCAACGGGAUUAGCAAGGCAAUGGCAAUGCUGGGAACGCGUGCGGGUUAA